AUGCUGGAACAAGAAGGAGAAGAAAGGGUGCAGCAGCUGGAGCUUCGAAGGGCGCUGGAAGAAGAAGAAAGAGUGCAGGAGCUGCCGCCAGAUACGUUCUUCUGCUCCAUCUGUAUGGAGGACAAGCUGCGGUCUGAGGGCUUCAUCGGGAAGAGCGGCUGCGACCAUAUAUUCUGCAAAGACUGCAUAGCGGGGCAUGUUGAGGCAAAGGUGGAGGAGAACAACUUCCCCAUCCGUUGCCCCGAUCCAGAAUGCCAGAUUGGGCAGCUGGAUCCGGAUGACUGCAGGGGGUUUAUUCCCCCGGCCGUCUUCGAUCAAUGGGGAUUACGUCUUUGCGAGUCGGCCUUGGCCCCUCCGGUGAGGUUCUACUGCCCCUUCUCGGACUGUUCAGCCCUUUUGACGAACGAGGGCGACGAGGAAGGGGGGCCAUUGACGGAGUCGCAGUGCCUGCACUGCGAACGGACAUGCUGCGCCCAGUGCCGCGUGCCAUGGCACGCGGGAUUGACCUGCGAGGAGUAUAGGAAAGCGGUGGCGGACGAGAGGGAGGAGAACGCGGUCGCGAAGCUGAUGGAGCUCGCCUUACGUAGCCGAUGGCAGAAGUGCCCAAUGUGUGGGAUGCUCGUUGAGCGAAUCGACGGCUGCCUCUUCAUCCGCUGCAGGUGAUUCGCCUGCCCCCGUCAUCCCUUCCCACCGCGGCUCCUUCCGUUUCAACGUGAUUCGUCCUUGACUCCUUCCUCCCACAGUGGCUCCCUACACACUUUCUCUGUCCAGCCACCCUUCGUUCCACUUCCCCAGAACGCAUCAGACCUGCACGUUGACCGAAGCAAUUUCUAUGAAACUCUCUCUCUCUCUCUCUCUCUCUCUCUCUCUCUCUCUUCUCUACUUGAUAACUUGAUUUAUUCGUUGGUGCUUCCAGGUGUAACCACUGCUUCUGUUAUCGUUGUGCAUCGACCAUGGAUGAGACUCACUUUUGCCAAAAAUGCCGUCACACAUGGGACCGAGAAAACUAG